AUGUUUGCAAUAUCGUUAUUUGAAGCACGUAUCCGGGCUUGUUCGCCGAAUAACGGCAUUCCGGUAGCUUCUACCACGGAUGUUUGCCGUUUGGAAAUUUUAGCGAAUGCACAUUUCUUAUCCAACAUCAAAAUUGCAAAGCUAAUCAAAGCAUCAAAUGAAAAAGAGCCUAAUAUACCGUACUCCAAUGCACCAACGGAUAUGGCAACAUUAGAAGCAACAAUCGGUAACAACUUGAACACCGCAACAUCACCGUUAACCGUACCGUAUCCAAUGAUGUCAUCAUUAAAUUUCAUGCAGCAAUUGGCAUUUCCAUUUCGCUUAGAUAUCACUCCUCCUGCUAUCACACAUCAUCCUGAUACUUCCACAGCAGCAGCAGCAGCAGCAGCUGCUGCUGCUGCAGUAUUUAAUAUUGCAGCAGCAGCAAAUGCUACAACACAUGCUGCAAUGCUACAACAUUUAGCACCAACCACUACUUUUGAUCCAUAUGCAGCUGCACAAAUGGCUGUUGCAACAUCACAACUUGUACAAGAACAACAUGAAAUUCAACAAGUUAUGCAACAACUACAAGCUAAUAAUUGCAAUCUAAAUGAUACGGUAAAUGGAUAUCAGCAAAAUGAGAAUAAUGAAGUAGAGGAGGAUUCAAAAAGUCAGAAGGAGGCUAAAAUUGAAGUAUUCAGCGAGGAUGAAGAUGAUUAUGGUGAUGAGGAGGAUAAUGUUUGUGUAUUCAAAGAAAAUGGUGAUAAAAAUAGCUGGGGAUUGGAAUGUAACAAAAGUUUGGAUGAGAAAACAAAUCAUGCUAUGGAUCAUCAAUCGUAUGGCCAAGAAACGACUUAUGAUGCAACGGAAUAUGUAAAUGAAUAUCCACCAUUACCAGCUGCUGGAAGUCCAUUAUAUUACUCAUCUGUUGUAAAGGGUAUUAAACCGCUUGACAAUAGCAACAAGCCAUCGUUUAAUUCCAUAAAAGAAUGUUCAAAUGUAAUAAAUGCAACAUCACAACGAAAUACAUCAACUACGACCUCAGUAACAACCCAAAUGUCACAAUGGGAUCAAAUGGUAAUUGAACGUGGCGGUAAAUUUAAUAAGCCAGCACCGCAAUGCAUUCAUUGGAAUAACCCCAAACAUCGUCUCGAUUUUCCAUGCCGUUUUUGGCAUCCGCGGGAGCAAUGCCGCUACUAUCCAAAUUGCUCAAAUACAGCCGAUGAAUGUGGUUUUGCACAUCCAUUUUGCGGUGAUUUUUGUCGUUGUCCAAAAGGAAAACGAGAUCCUCAGAAAAAUCAUCGUAUACCUGAGGAAAGAUAUUUUGGUAGUGGUGAUCGAAUGAAAUAUACCACUAAUAACGGCACUCAAUAA